AUGUCUGCUCAUGAAAUGGCGGAUCUCGAAAGAAGGCCCGCAGCAUCAUCUAUCUUUCUUCAAACUCACUCCACCGACAAAGAUUCCGUCAUUGAACGCGACAAUGCGAUCCUUGCGCGAUUGGGAAAGAAAUCGGUUCUCAAGGUAGAUCUCCUUGCCAGAAGAGACACUAACCUAUGGUGUUUCGAACUAAAUUUUAGCUAACGAGCCUUGGGCAUGGUAGAGAGAAUUCGGGUUUAUGAGCGCAUUGGGAUUCACGUGUACCAACAUGAUUACCUGGGAAGGGCUCGUUGUGUAAGGCGACCUAACACAAUCCAAACCAUCUCCGUUCUUCUCCCAACCAGGUUACUUCAACUAAUAAGUGUAACAUUUCUAGAGUUCUACAUUUCAGUUAUGUCAAUGGUGGAUCUGCAGGCUCAUUCUAUGCAUUCCUGUUUGUUUUGACCGGGAACCUAGCAAUCUUUACGACUAUGGCAGAAAUGGCUUCCAUGUAAGUAUUGCAAAUCCAAAUUGGCUCCAAACUCUUCGAGCUGACGAAAGGCAAAACAGGGCUCCAACUUCCGGCGGUCAAUACCAUGUAAGGGACCUUUUACUUGUUCCUUCCCUGAACCCCUAUUGCUAGCGAACGGAAGCAGGCAUUGUCAUUCUAGCUCUUCUCAGACCAGACAACUAAAAGAAAAAGUGCUGACUUUGUUGAAGUGGGUCGCCAUGUUGGCACCGCCAGGAUGUCAGAAAUUCCUAAGCUUUUUGACAGGUGAGAAAUCCUCGCUUAAGCAUGGAUUAAGAAUCGGCAGCCGAAAGAUAGAGACUAAAAUUUCGUAGGAUGGAUAACAGUAAUAGGCUGGCAAGCCAAUGUUGCCAGGUAUGCCAACCAAACUCCCUGAAUUCCUAUACACAAGCAACAUUUUCAGUGCUUGAGAGGAACGGAACCGCCACCCUUCCGGCAAAAGAAACAGAAGUGAAUGACUGCUAAUCAAUCCAAAGCGGAGGCCUGAUCUCCGCCCAAACAAUCCAGGAAUUAGCAACACUACUUCAUCCAAAUUACAACGCAAAGCCCUGGCACAUGGUGAUCAUUUUCGAUUGUGUCAUUCUCCUGGCCGUGUUUCUUAACACCGUCGUCAUCCGGGCUUUACCCAAGAUUGAAAGCAUUGUUUUGCUCCUUCAUAUUUUGGGCUUCUUCGCUAUUCUCAUUCCUUUGACGUACAUGGGACCACACGGGAAUGCACUGGACGUCUUUACAAAAUUCAACAAUGCAGGCGGGUUCCCAACACAGGGAUUGGCGCAGAUGAUUGGCUCUUACAGUUUCACAUGGACUCUGUUGGGUUCUGAUAGUGCUAUCCAUGUAAGCAGAUAGAAAAAGACGACCGUCGGGAUAAGUUGUAACGUUACUUACUGACUUUUGCCUAUUUAGAUGUCUGAAGAAAUCAAGAACGCAUCCGUAGUCGUUCCACGCGCCAUGCUGUUCGGAAUCCUCCUCAACGGUAUAAUGGGACUCGCUAUGAUAAUCGCCGUGUUGUUCUGCAUGGGCAACCCAUCAGUCAUGGCAUCCGAAUCCCCAUACGUAGCCAUAUUCCUCCAAGCUGUUGAGAAUGUUUCUCAAGCCGCUAUCAUGUCUGACUUGGUAAUAAUUAUGAUAAUAUUUGCGACGGUUGCUUACCUGGCAACGGCUUCGCGUUUGACUUGGUCAUUUGCGAGAGAUCGUGGUCUCCCUGGAUGGCGUCAGAUAAGUCGCGUAAGAAGAGAUUUUCAUCUCCUCUUGUCUGAAUAACUUGACGAACUUCACUGACUUGUUUUCUGCCAUAGGUGUGCGAACCCACCCUCACCCCUGUGAUCUCCAUCGUAUGCACUUGCUGCAUCUCCUGCCUCUUGGCCCUCCUAAUCUUCUACUCGAAAUAUGCAUUGAACAUCGUGUUAUCAGCCACCAUUUGCUGUAUCUACACCUCCUACGUCAUUGGACAUUGCUUCCUAUUCUACCGUCGUGUCACGGGAGCGAUCCGCCCAUAUAACAGCCAGUCUCAAGCUCUGACAAACGUACCCAACACGGACAAUCGGACCUGGGGCCCCUUCAAAGUCCGUGAACCAUUUGGGAGCAUAAUCAACCUGAUCGGCAUCGGAUUUGCGGUCGUGAUACUAUUCUUUAGCUUCUGGCCUCCCAUGUGGCAGCCGCCGCUAAAGUAUAUGAACUUUAGUAUUUUUCUGAUGGCUGCUUCGGUUGGGUCUGCUUGUUUGUACUACUUCCUGCUGGGUGGAAAGAAUAAUUAUACUGGUCCUAUUGUGGAAAUCAACUGA